GGGAAGAUGGCGCUUGCUUUAACGGGACUCUUUAUCCCGCACUCGAUGCCAUGCGAGCCCUCGGUUGAGCUGCCCCAGGGGGCGCGUUCGCGUCGCCCGCCAUGUGCCGCUGCCUACCUCCAUGUCGCGGCGGGGCUGCCUCCUCCCGCGCUGUGAGUUCGCUGCGCCGCACGGCGGCGCCAGUCCUUCCCGCCAGGAGGCGCUGCUGCCGCCCGCUCCCCGUUGGCCGCCGUUGCGGCUGCGCGGCACGGUGGGCUCGGCCGGUCAUGGCCGCCUUCGCGUUUGGCUGCUGUCCCUGUUGCAGGGAUGACGGCGACGGCAGCAUCCCGCUGAAGGAGAUGCCAGCGGUGCAGCUCGAUACGCAGCGCAUGGGAACAGAUGUUGUCAUUGUUAAAAACGGCAGAAGAAUAUGUGGCACGGGAGGCUGCUUGGCCAAUGCACCUUUGCAUCAAAACAAGAGCUAUUUUGAGUUUAAAAUCCAAUCCACAGGGAUUUGGGGUAUUGGAGUUGCUACCCAGAAAGCAAACUUGAAUCACAUUCCACUUGGCCGAGAUAUUCAUAGCCUGGUGAUGAGAAAUGAUGGAGCUCUCUACUAUAACAAUGAAGAGAAAAAUAGGCUACCAGCAAACAACCUUCCUCAGGAGGGUGAUGUGGUGGGUAUUACAUAUGACCACGUGGAAUUAAAUGUAUAUUUAAAUGGGAAGAACAUGCAUUGUCCAGCUUCAGGGAUCCGAGGGACUGUCUAUCCAGUGGUCUAUGUUGAUGACAGUGCCAUUCUGGAUUGUCAGUUCAGUGACUUUUAUCAUACACCUCCACCAGGGUUUGAAAAGAUCCUUUUUGAGCAGCAAAUCUUCUGAAUGUCUUCAUAGAGAAACUUUGCACUGUGCACUCUUGGAAAGCGUUGUCGUCUUAAAUAAAGCUUCACUUUACUUUUGGGAAACAUAUCUAUGUUUUUAGUAAGUACUUGUGACCUUUGCAGAAUGAAUGUUCACUGCGACACCAGGGGACUGUUACAAAGCAGAGACUUCUGGCAUUGUUUUGUGGUCUGAAAGGGAGUGUUUGGGGGCAGGUUUUCCUCUGAUUUGUGCUAGGUGUGUGAGGAGACUAAGGGAUGUUAUUGUCAUCAGUGUUACACUCACUACUUGGAAUGAACUGGAGCCUAUAAAGCAAACAGUUAUUAUGUAUAUGAUAGCUGUGGAGAUGGGUAGUUCUCAUGAGUUUUUUCCUAGCAAGUUAUGUGCUUUGUGUAAGAGAAUCGCUGUAUUUCCAGCCUGUGAUCUGGGGUUGCAGUGUCCCAGUUGUGCACAGUGCAUAGUAUGAUGGCUAACGAGCAGCUAGAUACGGUUGGGGUUGUUUCAGUUGUUUUUUUUUUCAUUUCAAAGUCUAAUUUAAUCCAUUCCCUCAGUCUCAGACCAGCAAAUACAACUUGCCUGUUUCUCCUAGCUUUUCAUUUGCUUUUAUUGUGACAAAUAACAGGACACUUUCUAGUAGUAACUUUCUAUUGAACCUUAAAAAGUAAACCUGACCAUUAUGUGGGUUUUGGAGGACCACCAUGCUGUGUUACUCCAGAAGGAGAGUAAGUACAGGUCACUCAGUGUGGGUAUGCAAAGAGCCAGGUGAAGGGUAUGAGAUGUUGUGGUGAAGCCUUAUGUCUAAACUGUGAAUUAGCUUAUUCUUUUAUGGAAUAAUGUAUUUAAUUUCUUUGUGAAUCACUUAUAAAUUAUGAAUGGCUAUGACAUUGUUAUAAAAUGUGAUGCCCUUGAAUAUAAAUUGUGAGAUGAA